UUCAAUUAAAAUAUUGCAUGGCAUCUAGAAAAACUGACGAAGUAGUCUAGUUUCUGAGCAAACACAUUUAAAACUUUUACCAUGUUGAAUAAAAUGUUGUUUAACACUGUUUUAUCUCAGACUUUAUCGCCGUGUGGUAAAUAUUUAGUAGCCGGCAAUAUUUAUGGAGAUCUUGCUGUAUUUGACCUAGAUCGUAUUUUAAAUCCAGUACUAGAAUUAUUAUCUGUUGAAUACAACAAACCAAAACAUAUACAUUCUAUAGAUUCAAAAAAACAGAUUUGUAGUCUAGUUUCAACGGAAAAAUUCCUUAUAAUUGGUACCGUUAAUGAAAUAUGCGGAUGGGACUGGAAGGCUGUUGUUUCUGUUAAAUUAUCAAAACCUGUAUGGAGCAUAAAGAUUCCUUCCCAAACUUUUUUGGACUACAACGAUGUGAACUGCAUGUGGCUAUCUCAAGACAGUGAGAAGCUGUAUGCUGGUUGUGGAGACAAUAAUGUGUAUGUGUUUAAUUUGGAAGAUGGGAGCCUUAUUUCAACUUAUAAGGGACAUAAUAAUUUUAUUCAUUCUAUUCAUGGAAAAAACCAACAGAUUAUUUCAGCAGGCGAAGAUGGUUUGGUUAUGCUUUGGGAUACUAGAAGUGGAAAAUCACACAAUAAAUUGGAACCACACACUAAUAAUAAGGUCAGCAGACCUGAUAUUGGCAAGUGGAUUGGCUCAGCAGCUCUAGGAGAUGACUGGAUUGGAAAUUACAUCAUAAUAUUGUGA